AUGAUUAACGAAGAUGAUAUAAAGAAGGCUCUGGCCGAAAUCAAAAGCUCUAAAGCUCCUAAUUAUGCUAUAAUAGCCAGAAAGUAUGGAUUAACGCGAUCUAUGCUAUCCAGACGCGCCAGAGGACAAACUACCUCCCGAGCGGAAUUCCAGUUCCAAAUCCACUAA